GUUGGCAAUGGGUAUGCAGACGGCCGCAGCGGCGGCGGUGACGACAGCAUCGGCAGGACCGACGGCGGCGCGGACGGGUUCGGCCAGAGCGCCGUCACCGACAGCAGCAUCGGCGGGAGCGGAGGCGGUACGGACGGCUUCGGCCAGAGCGCCGUCCCCGGCAGCAACAUCGGCGGUGACGGCAUCGGUGACGGGGGGAACGGCAGCAGCAGUAGCAGCAGCGGCGUCCCCGGUCGCCGCUUUGGCGUUGGGUAUCCAGACGGCCGCAACGGCGGCGGUAGCGACAUCGGUGACGGGGGGAACGGCAACGGCGGCAGCAGCAGCGGCGUCCCCGGUCGCCGCGUUGGCGUCGGGUGUCCAGACGACCGCAGGGUCGGUGGCGGCGGCACCGGUGACGGAGGUAUGUAACGAAGAGUUGAAAGAAGCGGUUGGUGCGACAACCAUGCCGUUGCCAGUCCUCGAGGAACUUGAUAGCCAAUGUGCCGGGGGGCACGUGAGCAACAGCAGCAUCAGCAGCAGCAGUAGCAGCAGCUGCAGCAGCGGGGACAGCGGCGGCGAUGGGAGCGGGGACGAGGGGUUGGAUGAAAUAUGGAGUGGAGCCCCGACGCACCCUUUCGACCCUGGGAAGGCUGAGGGGGAUGUGAGCAUCAGCAGCGGCAGCAGCAGUAGCGGCAGCAGCGAGGAAGCGGUGGUGAUGGGAGCGGGGAUGAGGGAUUGGAUGAAACCUGGAUUGGAGUCCAGACGCACCCCUUCGACCCCGGAACGGGAGUGGCAGCUCCGGCGGCGGCAACGGCGACAACGGCAGCAGCCGCAGCAGCGACGGAAGUGGCGGCUUCGGCCAGAGCUCCGGCGGCGACACCGGCGGCGGCAGGAGCAGCGACAGGAGUGGUUGCUUCGGCCAGAGCUCCGACGGCAGCAGAAGACGGCAGCGGCGGCUUUGGCCAGAGCCCCGUCGGCGGCAGCGGCGACAACGGCGGCGGUGGUAGAGGCGGCAGUAGCGACGUCACCGGCAGCCGUGUUGACGCUGGAACUCAUGAUGGUCGUGGCGGCGGGGAACGGCAACGGCGGCGAUGGCAGCGGCGGCAGCAGUGGUGACGCCCUCGAGUCGACCGGGAACGGGGAGGACACGGUGACAGCGACGACCUCACCUUGUUACAGCCAAGUGAGAGAGCAUGUGAAUCGUUUUCGACUUUGUUCGGUUUUGUGAGCAGGCAUGUACGUUUCCGCUUCGCCAUUUGGCUUCGUAUUUAUUUUUUUGUUCUGUUUUUCCCUUGCUAGCGCACUGUGCACUUUGAUGCAGAAAACACGUGUAUGCCA